UAAUAAAAAUUAGUAGUUUAUUUGUAGAAAUAAAUAAAUAAAGAUUUGAAUUAAAACUAAAAUGACAAAUAUUGGUCCUCAAAUUCCUCCACAUUUACUAAAUGUAAUCAACGCUUGUUCAGAUGAAGAUAAGAAAGAUGAUGAUGAUAGCUUUUAUGGCCCCAGUCUUCCACCAGGUUUUCCAUCAACUGAAAAUAAAGUCAUUGGACCUUCAAUUCCUAGUCAUAUAUUAAAGUCAAUAAAUAAAGAUGAUUCAGAAGAAGAUGAUUUUAUUGGUCCAUCAUUGUUAACUCAUAAUGAAGAUAAUGUAUCUAACUCAGAACAAGUUCAGAAAGAAAUUGAACAACGAGCAGAAGCCAUGAAAAAUAAACUUCUUGGAAAGACGGAAGAAAUUGUGGAGCGAGAAAGCUGGAUGUUAGAACUACCUCCAAGUUUAUCUAAAAAUUUUGGAUUAGGUCCAAGAACUUUUCGUGCAAAUCCUGUUGAACUUGGGGAUAGAUCUGUAUGGACAGAAACACCAGCUAGUAGAGAACAUAAAAGAAAGGAGCGAGAGGAAGCAGCAAAAUCUGGUGUUUUGAAAAAGAAAAAGCCUAUAGAAAUACAUCAACCUUCAAAAGAUGAUAUUGAAACCCAAACUCGCAUAACAGAAUACAAUAUGCAGAAUCGACCACAGUCAUUGCUCGAAAUGCACAGAAGUAAACAAAAAUCGAGUGACGAUUCGAAGAUAAGACGGCCUUUUAAUCGCGAGGCUGACCUGAAAUUAAAUCGCAGUAAUCCGAAGGAAACAGCAAAGUUCAUUGAAUCGGCAAAAUCUUUUUCGGAUAAAUUUUCUGGUGGUAGUUAUGAAAAAAAGUUCCUGUAACCGCUACUAUUA